AUGGAAGAUACAUCAAAAAAUUGUUUAGAAUACUCUACUCUCUACUGCUGCUACUACCAAGGCUGUAAUAAUACGUAUACAACGAAGUUUAAUCUCAAGCAUCACAUAGAAACCAUACACUUAAAAACCAAGAAGUUUAUAUGUGAGAUUUGUCAAAAAAGUUUAUCAAGCAAGCAAAACUACCAGAAUCAUAAGAGCAUACACGAUGGAGCCAAGCCAUUCGCAUGCAACUACUGUGGAAAAUGCUAUGCGAAAGCAGCUCAGUUAACUCUACAUAAAAGGGUUCAUACUAAAGAUGGAGAAAAAAUAACCGUUGAAGUAAUAGAUACUGCUUCAUUAAAAACAGCUGAUCUAGUCAUGAAACAAUUUGAAAAGAUAACCUGGGAAGAAUUUGAAUCAAAUCAACCUCAAUUGCCGCCUCUUCAAAGCAGCUCUCAACAAUUGAUGUGCUUACCUUCUUUUUGCAGCGCACUCAAGAGGUGUAAAACGGAAAAUAAUAUCUAA